UCCAAUUAUAUUGCGUGUCGUGAUGCUCUGGAACUCGAGUAUCACGGAUGACGGGAAACGACAAUCACUGACCAACUGGCCCUCCCCCCCCCUUCCCCAGAGACAGACGCAGUCAGUGUCUCGGACCAAGCAGCGGCCAGCCAAACCUCGAGGAAGAAACCCAAACGCUUCGAGACAUCCGGCUCUCUGGAAUCAUCCCCGUCCACCGCCAGCAAAUCUCCAAAAGAAAACUGCACCUACGUCCCCGUCAGGCCAAGGACACGCCGCCGCCUCAUGUAGAGAUGCCCGAGUCUCACGUAACUGAGACCGGGUUGUAAGCUAGGAAGUCGAUUAACUCUCCUAAAAUUAACCCAUCCCCGUCCUCGCCCACCCAACCAACCAACCAAAACCAAACGAACGGCUCAUCAACCUCCGCCGCCAUGUGUUGAUACCCGCCAGAUCACCAACCGUCUCCUCAUGUCAUCGGGCACCAAGAAACACCAGUGCGUCCACGCGCAAAGUGGAUAGGUAGGUAGGUACCUACCUACCU